GGUCCGGCGGCUUCUGGGAUCUGUCAUGUGACCCAGGUGCCGCCUUACCAUUCACAAAAAGCACCGCUUCCUGCGCAUGCGCACUUGGCACCCGGCUGUCAUGCCCACACUACAGAAGCCGGGAAGACCGCUCCGCUGGAUAGAGGAACGGGUAAGAUGAAAGAACAACUCCACGGAAGUGGGAGCGGGUAUCUGUCAAAUUCAGGUACCCGCUCCCCCUCCCUCCCCAAAGGUCAGCAGUCAUCUCUAUAAGGUCCCGCUGUCAGCAGUCAUCUGUACUGUCCGCAGUCUCUGGUCAUCCCUGUGCUGUCCGCAGUCUCUGGUCAUCCCUGUGCUGUCCGCAGUC